AGCCCGCCCCUCGGGCCUCCCUCUCCCGCCCCGUCCCGGUCGCCCUCCUCGGGGCCUUCUAUAUGGGCCACCUUCUCUCGAAGGAGCCGCGUAACUGCCCGAGCCAGAAGAGGCCUCGCUGCUGCAGCUGGUGUCGCCGCCGGCGCCCUCUCCUCAGACUGCCCCGCCGGACUCCGGCCAAGGCGUCCCCGCAGCCCGCGGCGCCCCGGAGCCGGGACUGCUUCUUUCGCGGGCCCUGCAUGCUCUGCUUCAUCGUGCACAGCCCUGGCGCGCCCGCCCCCGCCGGCCUAGAGGAGGAGCCGCCACUCUCGCCGCCGCCGCGGGACGGGGCCUACGCCGCCGUCUCCUCGCAGCACCUGGCACGGCGCUACGCGGCCCUGGCCGCCGAGGACUGCGCCGCCGCCGCUCGCCGCUUCCUGCUGUCCUCGGCUGCCGCCUCGUCGCCCGCGUCCUGCUGCAAGGAGCUGGGGCUGGCUGCCGCCGCCGCCGCCUGGGAGCAGCAGGGCCGGAGCCUCUUCCUGGCCGGUGUGGGGCCCGUGCGCUUCCUGGGACCGCCGGCCGCCCUGCAGCUCUUCCGGGGACCGCCGGCGCCGCCGCAGGCCGAGCCCACCACGGUCCUCGAGAUGGUUUGCAAGCGGAAGGGGGCCGGGGUCCCCGCCUGCACCCCCUGCAAGCAGCCCCGCUGCGGCGGCGGGGGCUGCGGCGGGGGCGGCGGCGGCGGGGGAGGGCCUGCGGGAGGAGGUGCCUCGCCGCCGCGGCCGCCUGAUGCCGGCUGCUGCCAGGCCCCGGAGCAGCCCCCGCCGCCGCUCUGCCCCGCGCCCGCCUCUCCCGCCUCCGAGUGUGUCCCCAUCGAGGCCGCCGCCGGGGACGCAGUCCGAGCCGGGGGCACCGCCCCCUUGUCUGCCCAACAGCAGCCUGAAAGCGGCGACGCGGACUGUCAGGAGCCCCACGAAAAUCCCUGCGACUGUCACAGGGAGCCGCCCCCCGAAAUCCCAGACAUCAACCAACUGCCGCCGUCCAUCCUGCUUAAGAUAUUUUCCAAUUUGUCCCUGGAUGAGCGCUGCCUUUCUGCAUCGUUGGUUUGCAAGUACUGGCGUGACCUCUGUUUAGAUUUCCAGUUUUGGAAGCAGCUGGACCUUAGUAGUCGUCAGCAGGUUACUGAUGAAUUAUUGGAAAAAAUUGCCUCCAGAAGUCAGAAUAUAAUUGAAAUCAACAUUUCUGAUUGUCGCAGUAUGUCUGAUACUGGCGUGUGUGUUCUAGCAUUUAAGUGUCCUGGACUUCUUAGGUAUACAGCCUACAGGUGUAAGCAGCUUUCUGACACCUCUAUCAUUGCCGUCGCCUCUCACUGUCCCUUACUGCAGAAAGUCCACGUAGGCAACCAGGACAAACUCACUGAUGAAGGACUCAAGCAGCUGGGCUCAAAAUGCAGAGACCUCAAAGACAUUCAUUUUGGCCAGUGUUACAAGAUCUCAGAUGAAGGCAUGAUUGUCAUAGCUAAGAGCUGCCUGAAGUUACAAAGGAUAUACAUGCAGGAAAACAAAUUAGUGACAGAUCAGUCAGUGAAGGCAUUUGCGGAGCACUGCCCUGAACUUCAGUAUGUUGGCUUCAUGGGUUGUUCAGUUACUUCCAAAGGAGUCAUUCACCUAACCAAGCUAAGGAACCUGUCCAGCUUAGACCUCCGUCACAUCACUGAACUGGAUAACGAGACCGUGAUGGAAAUCGUCAAGAGGUGCAAAAAUCUCAGCUCUCUGAAUCUCUGUCUGAACUGGAUCAUAAACGACAGGUGUGUGGAGGUCAUUGCAAAGGAGGGACAGAACCUGAAAGAGCUGUAUUUGGUGUCCUGUAAAAUCACUGAUUAUGCACUGAUAGCCAUUGGACAAUACAGCGUGACCAUAGAGACUGUGGACGUUGGAUGGUGUAAAGAAAUCACAGAUCAAGGAGCCACCCUGAUUGCACAGAGCAGCAAGUCCCUGAGAUACUUGGGCCUGAUGAGAUGUGACAAAGUCAAUGAAGUGACGGUAGAGCAGCUGGUGCAGCAGUACCCUCACAUCACCUUCAGCACCGUUCUACAGGACUGCAAGAGGACCUUGGAGAGAGCCUACCAGAUGGGCUGGACCCCCAGUAUGUCCGCCGCCACCUCCUAACUCUCUUCCCAAGCCCAGGCCCAGGCCUACUCAGGCCGUUCAGCAGAGUGGAGAUAGGCACCUGGAACAGGGGGUCUUUCAGAAAGGUUUUAACCGGCACCUGUCAGUGUGUGUUUCAUUUGUGUCUUGUUUGCAUUCUGCAUAGCAUAAGCGCACUGUAACUCACCUACAAGUAAGCUGGCUUGUUUUGCCCAAAACAGAAGAUUAUGAAAACCACAACCUUUUUUUUCCCCAAUUCAAAAGUUUAUUUCUCUAAAAAAAGACUUCGUGGAAUCUCAAGUCAGAAAACUGGGUGUAUAAUCUUGAGCUUCUAAGUUCUGACACAUCUUGGAAAUGCUCACCAAAAGGCAUUGUUCUAUGAUGGGCUACCUUGUACACUUCUGAGAAGACCAGAACACAAGUGAUAUUGCUCUAACUAGAAGCUUGGAAACUAGAACCCCUCAAAAUCCCAUAAUACACACCAUGUACUCUCAUGUACUGUCAUGCUGCCGUACAUAUGCUAGGUCAAGUUCUCACUUGGUAAAAUAUUUCCUCACAGGAACCUUCCUGGGUCAUGAAAGCAGCAUGCUGUCUACUGUGGUUGUGCCUAACUUACUGUGCCCACAGGUGGACAACUUGCUGUCUUGUAGGUAACUUAGAAAAUAGACUGAAUAAAGCCUUUUGUAAAUUUGUAUUUGGAGGCAACAGUCUGAAGUCCCCUGGCCAGCUCACAAAAGUUAAUUAUUCAUUAUUCUAUAAACGCAUUCUGUUAAGUAAUAAAUAUUUUAGUUGGUUUUACAUUAACACUGUGUUAGCUUUUACUUUGUGGAUAGUUACUGGUCAAGAUGUAUUUUAGUGACAUUUGGGGCUAAUCUUGGCAUUAUCCACAUUGAAGCCACGAACGUAAUUAAUGGUGUGCAGUUAUUUUAAAACUUUUACAGAUCAUUUCAUUAUUUUGGUAAUUAUGAAAAUAUAUUCUGAGGUGGGGUAGUUAUAUUGAUAGAAGAUGAAUGAAUGAGAUGUACGUAGACAAUCUUCCUGUUGUAUUUUUUUCUUUGCUUUGGGAUUUAGAACAGGUUUUUUGAAUAUAUGCAUGUUAUAAUUUUGAAUAGUUCUUACACUACUGCAAAGAUCUACUGUUAGCUAACGUAUGAGCUGAGGAGAGAAUUUAGGAAAUCUGUUCAUUAAGAUUCUGUUUACACUUGCCAGAAAUACGUAUUUUAGUUUAAUUAAAUAUUACCAGCUUUUGCGUAUGUCAGUACCUAUCAGGAAAUGAGUCUACUUAGAUUUCACACAUCUCUACAGUUAAUUCGUUGCAGGGACUCAGGCUCCAAUGACCUCUCCUGUGUCUGGAUUUAUAAUCAGGCAGCAGGGAGCCUUUUUAAGCUAAAGAGUGAUUAUCUUUCGUAGUAGGAAAAGCAAAACCUUGACUUUUGAACUUGCUAUUUAUUCUCCCCGUAUGUGGUCUUUGGUCUUUAACAAUUAUAAUGAGGUUUGAGUUUGUUUCCUAUAAAUCCCAACAACACUAGCUGUAAGGAACAGAAGCAGCCUUACAUUUGAAUGCCAUUCACAUAUGUGUAAUGACCCCUUCUCUGUAGAGAAUGUUUGUUUCCCUUGAGUAUGUCAACAUGCUUCUGAUGUAGCUUUUUUUUUUUUAAUCCCAAUCAGUUAAAAACAAACCCACUGAGCAAGUACCAGGAAUACCUUUUUCAUAACCAAAAGGGUUGUUCGUUUAAUUUGACGGAAAUGAAAUUUGUUUAAGAAAAAGCUGUUUACCAUUAGAAACCUACAUUUCUUCUUAUACAGUGAACUGUGUCUCUUUGUAUCCAUUUCUCCACUACUAAAAAUGUUAUUUCAUAAUAUUUUAACUGGUUUUUAACCCAAAACUAAUUUAUAAGACAGUAUGUAUAGUAAUAGUAGCUUAAGUGAAUAAACAAAAGUUUAAUUUUUAUAUAUGUCACACUAUAUUUUAAAUAGUCACACAAAGACAAAAGAAGGGAAAUCCGUCUUUGAUAGAGACGGUACAAUUUCAGUUCAAAGUUGUAAUAAUCGUUGGAAUGUUAUAGUCUAGUUGUCAAUGGUUUUGGAGUGUACAAUUGAUUUUUUUUAAACAUUGCAUUCUUUGAACCUAAAGUCCAGCACUAUGAAAUGCUUUAGCUUGGGGGGGGGGGGGGGUGCAUUUAUUCUCUAAGAUGCUGACUCAUACAGAAACCCUGAUGCAACAGAACCCGGAAAACUGCCUCGGUUCAUUUGUAGAAGUCUGUAGAAACAUUGUAUCCAGCCUCAAAGCACUAAUCUAAAAAAAGCAGCCAGGAAAAGCCUCACCUCAAGCGAUCCUCUGGGGGCUGUUGAAUGUGCUCUCAUUAGAUGCUUUGAAAUGAGGCUUAAAAUACUUUUUUCUGGGCAAUAUAGUCCCCUUCUUUUUUUUCCUUAGACUGUCAUAAAUACAUGUGAACACAUUUAAUGCAGGGCUUUUAUCCUCUCCAAAUGUCAACAGUAUUUUCAGAAUAAAGCCUAUGAAAUAUA